CAUACGUCAGUUGGACAGACACAGCAGCAAGCCCAAGCAGUGCGGUUGCGCCCUGUUUCCGAGCUCCCGGAUAUGUUUCGUGGCGUAUUCAAAUUUGGUGUUUUCAACGCUAUUCAGUCAAUUUGCUUUGAUGCAGUCAGUUUUAUAAAGCUUCGUUCAGAUUACCUCUCGCUUAGUGAACAUGUAGCGCCCACUGGAAGUGGCAAAACGGUCCUUUUUGAAUUGAGUAUUAUCCGCAUGGUCACUGACCCUUCGAGCACAAAUCAGGCAGCGAAAUGUGUUUAUGUUGCCCCAACCAAGGCCCUCUGUUCGGAAAAAUACAAAGAAUGGACCUCCAAAUUUGGCAGCCUCGGGAUACACAGUUGCGAGCUCACGGGCGACACCGUGGCCUUCGGCAAGGGCGUCUGGGGUGACGCCAAGAACGCUAGAAUCAUUGUUACUACGGCACGUUCUUGGUCUUCUACACUCACUCGUUUCAGGGACGACCACAGUCGAAUAUUGUCUCAGAUCAAACUUUUUCUUGUGGACGAGGUUCACAUCCUCAAUGAAUCUCGCGGUAGCACACUAGAAGUAGUUGUCUCUCGUAUGAAGGCGAGAGGGUCUGAUGUUAGAUUCCUUCUCGUAUCAGCAACAGUCCCGAACAUUGAAGAUGUUGCAAACUGGAUCGGCAGCAACCAUGCGUCUAGCGACCACCCCGGUCAAAUAUUUCAGUUUGGCGACGAAUAUCGACCCUGUAAACUCAGUCGUUUUGUCUAUAGCGUUCCAAAGCCGAGAGGACAGAAUGACUUUGCAUAUGCGCAUACCCUUGACGCCCGCCUAUUCUCCAUACUACAAAAACACGCUAUUGACAAGCCAAUACUUGUCUUCUGUCCGACAAGAAAAGGGACCAUCACGACCGCUAGGCAAUUAGCUAAAGAAUAUGAAGGAGCCAUGAAGACGUGUCAGCCGCUCCCGUGGAACAGGCCCUUACACAUGGAUCAGACAUUCCGUGACAAAGAUCUCGCCGCUCUGGCGGCUCUGGGAGUCGGCGUGCAUCAUGCUGGACUUACUAUCGACGACAGGAAAACCAUCGAAGACCUAUACCUUCGUAAAGUACUCCGAGUUCUUCUGGCUACAUCGACUUUAGCGGUCGGAGUCAACUUGCCCGCACAUCUGGUCGUCAUAAAGGGUGUCAAACUAUUUCAAAACGGUGAAUCUAAAGAGUACUCGGAUCUUGACAUCAUGCAGAUGAUGGGACGAGCGGGUCGCCCACAAUUCGAUACCGAAGGGAUCGCCAUCAUCUUAUGUGAAACUGAACUCGAGAGCAAAUAUCGCGGUCUUGUUCAGGGGAACACACCCCUGGAGAGUAGUCUGCACAUGAAUUUGACCGAGCACCUGAACUCUGAGAUCGGUUUGGGGACUAUCACCGACGUCAAGACAGCACAGGAGUGGCUUCUCCGCUCUUUCCUGUAUCGCCGAAUACAAAAGAAUCCACAGCACUAUGAUAUCGGAAAAGAUGACCGCCAGUCUUGGCAGAACAAGGUUGAUGACGUCGUGAUGGACAGCAUCGAGCAGCUACGAGAAACCGAGUUGAUCACUUAUUCACCGCGCAAUGGAGAGCUGAGUUCUACUGAAUUCGGUGAUAUUAUGAGCAAGUUCUACAUCCGUCGUCAGACGAUGAAGGCAAUCUUGGACCUUCCCCCAACCGCAUCUUUACGCGAGAUUAUAUACGAGAAAAUCAGGCGCCAUAAUGACAUUCGGUUCGCAGUUAAAAAAGUUCAAGGUACGAGUGACAAAGUAUUCUUGCUUAUGCAGGCGGUUCUAGGUGGUUUGCCCUUGAAUAGUGCCGAAUUUAGGAGCGGGGAGAGUCAACCAGGUCUAGAAGCAUUCUCGGUUUUUCGUCACGUCACCCGGAUUGCCACAGCGGUUGCGGAAGUCGCCAUAAUAAAGAAACACGGAGCGCAAGUCAAGCACGGGCUGGAAAUAGUACGCUGUCUCCAUGCCAAGGCAUGGGAAGAUAGACCAAUUGUCCUGAGACAACUAGAACACAUCGGUGAAAAAUCGUCAAUAUUGGCCGAGAACCACAUCUCCUCAAUUCCCAAGCUGCUUAGUACUAGCCCACUGAGACUCGAAGAGCUCCUGAACCGCAGAUCCCCCUUUGGGUCUGAAGUUUUACUGGCAGCUAACGAGCUACCGAAGUAUUUCCUCGCCCUGACGGAAGCGAAAGUUUCCCCUAGCGAUGGAAAAUCACCAAUAGAUGUUGAACUCUCCAUUGAAUGUGGCCUUCUUUUGGACAAGAGAGCUUCUACGGUGUCCAAGAAACAGAAGAAGAGCGGUUUCGAUAUGACAUCUCUUCUUACGAUUACCUCCGACUUCGUUUUCGUCGACUUUCGCCGUAUCUCGACGAAGGCGCUGAGGGAAAGGAAAUCAUUUGUGAUCCACGCGCAACUCACCAAACCGAGCCAGACCAUCAAUGUUUCGAUCUCUUCAGAAAUGGAUUUGGAGGGGCUUGAAGAUGUUGCUGACUUUUGGGAUAUGAGACCCGAUGAUGAUGAUGAUGACAACGGUUUGAAUAUCCCCCUAAAAGACCUUACUCGACCCCGUAGCCCGCCCCAAAGCAGUAUAUCAGCGCAAAAAAAUACCAAACCUCACAAAGAGAAGACAGUGCAAUCUGUUUCACACCCUCCAGAGAAGCCGGAGAGUUUCGGGAAGGUUGAUAUGCCUGUGCGGGACGCACGACCUAAAAACCGUUCGGACGGGAAAUACGAUUGUAAUCAUACCUGUAAAGAUAAAUCUGCUUGCCGUCACUUUUGUUGUCGUGACGGGCUCACAGAACCUUCUCGCGUCCCAAGAAAUAACAACAACACAAAGCCCGUCCAUCUGCCGAGAUCAAAGAAACCUGACGACUCGUCCUUCAACCUCUCAUCUGCUGGUUCCAAAAGCCAAGUUACUGUGCCGCUUGGCGACGUCCCAAUUCCCAAACGACGAAAGGCAGCUAAACGCAAUUCAGAUCUUGAGCACCUUGACUCCCUUCAUACAGGGCCUGUUGUCAAUCGAAGGCUGGGGCUCACUGAAGGUCAACGGCUGAAACUAGAUGCCCCAAUGCCAAGCAAACGCAAACCAGUCCCAAAUUUUGAUGUCGAGCUCACCACCUUGAAGUGUUCACAGUCGCCCUCCUCCAAGGACAUACUCAGCGAUUCACAAUCUGAUGACGAACUUGCGAACAUUUGCGAUCUUCUGAGUGAAGGGAAGCAUGUUCGUUCGAAAACGGACAAUUCAAACUCAGAGAUUCGAGACGACAACUACAACGAACCUGCGAUGUCUGGUCUCUCCCCGAGUCCCUCUCCCAGUCACAAACGAACAUGCGACUCUCUGCCUCUCAAUGGCUCGCCCCCUCGGAAGCGUCUGAAAAGCAGCAACAUGCCUUACAGGCCUUAUUCACCAAAACGGGAAGCAGCAAAGCACGGCCGUCAUCAGAAGCACUUCAAAUCCAACCUCAAGCUCUUCGGCUCCCCCCCUGACUUACUGAUUGCAAAGGUACAUUGUUAA